UUCAAAAUGGUGGACUCGAGCUCGAGCGUCGUGAUUUAGGUACGCAAGCGUUUUAAAAAAUGUUUAAAAAAAAAGAUGACUAAAGUGAAAGUGGUUUGAAUAUGAACGAUCUCAGCGGCAUUAAAAUGCAAAAAGAAGAAGGAAACAGAGACUCCUUUAAGAUAAACAACCUUCCCCAAGUUGUAUUCUUAAGCAUUCUGUCGUACUUGGACCUGAAAGAUUUGGGACGAGCGUCUUGCGUUUCCAAGCACUGGUAUAACUCAACUCUGGAUCCCUGCCUAUGGAGGAAAUUGAAACUUCAAAAAAGGCAUAAGGUAGACGACGAGGUUCUUGUUCGAAUUACGAACCAUGGAUCAGCUGUCUCGGUGCUGGAUGUUUCGGAAUGCCGGAGUAUAACUGAGGAAGGACUCCUCAAAGCUUUGUUGCAGUGCAAGUGUCUAGUGGAUUUAAGUGUUGUUAGGUGUGUUGCUGUAACUGAUAAUAUUUUGUCGGUAAUUGGACAGUCAUGCCGGAAUAUCAGGUCACUAGAUAUAAGCUUGUGUCGUGUCACAGACACUGGAGUUAAAGAGGUAAGGCGCGGGGUAUGAAAAUACUUGAUACAAUGUCUCAGUACAAAGACAGGCCGAUACAGAUUGCACUACACCGCCUGUGUGUGUGAAAAUAAACCUAUAUCACAUAAAUUAUGCUUGCUAUGCAGGUGAUCAUGCUUGUCACAAUGUAAAAACAGGCAGAGAUGCAAACCUCUGUUGCAGCUGUAGAUCUGGCCCCAGUUAUUCAAAAGGUGGAUAGCGCUAUCCAACGAAUAAAUCACUAUCCAGUGGAUAACGCAAUUAGUUUUUGUAUUACUUAUCCAUUGGUUAGUGAUUUAUCUGGAGGAUAGCGCUAUCCAACGUUUGAACAACCGGGACCUGAAAUCUGGAGGUUUACUCUCUUGCAUAGCAGGGGUUAGGAUAAGGGGUAAAGGGUAGGGAGUGAAGGGUUCUUGGUAGAGGUUGAACAGUAAGAGGUGAGAGGUAAGUGAGGGGUAAGUACACUGUUCACAGUCAGGCCUUUCCUGAUUGUGUUCGGCAACUUUUGAGCAACUUUUGUUGUUUGGAACAACUUUUUGCAGUUCCAGCAACCUCAGGCAGAUUUUGCCUUUCUGAGCAACUUUUGAGCAAAAUGUUGGUUUAGAGCACUUAUCAAGCUUGAAAACGUCAACGAUUUCAUAGGAAACUUCAAUUUUCUUUUUUACUUUUUUAAAAAAUUCUUUGUAAAAAUUUUUGUAAUUUUUUUUUGUAAUUUUGUAAUUUUUUUUUUCUUGACUGAUGUUAGUAAUUAUUGUGAAGAACAAAAAAUAAAGCUUUUAAUUAAUGUUUAUAUAAAAAUAUAUAGUCAAAUUUAGGUGGCAACUUUUGAAAUUUAGGUAGCAACUUUUUGGCAUUCCAGUGAGCAACUUUCCAACCUUUUUACGAGCACAAUCGGGAAAGGCCUAUUCACAGUUCCCUAUUUUUCUGUGAGACCGUCCAGAUACAGCGAGUCUUACCGUUAAUGGCAGCCAUCUUGACUUUUGAAUGUAUGGAGGUGGCGUGCAUCGGGGAGAGGUGGGGGGAGAAAAAUAGAGGGACUGCGAUAACAUCACUGCAGCUCGCAUUCACGGAGCGCGUUGUACCAGCAACACAGGCGUUUAAUUGGUCAUUAGUCAAUGGAUGUUAAUUUGUGUUGACAAUGGGUUUAGUUUAAGUUGCCGACACUGACAAGUUGUACCCUUUGAUAAUACCACCAUAAGGCACUUCUUGCGCAAACACACUAAGGAUUUUUUGGUAUUUUGCAUAUGAAUCACGUAAGCCAACAUACUUUUGAAGCAGCCUGGCUAGGACAAUGUUGUAACACAGUUUCUCCCAAACGAAUUGAAAUUUAACGCUACGCUGAGGCAAAAAAGACAACCUGUUAGAAAAGCCUGGCUUUUUAUCGGGAGGUUUAACCGUUUUAAUCUGUGAUGAAGCGAGCAUUCUUAGCGCUUUGAUUAGGAAAAUGUUUCACCCGUGCAUGUUUGCUGAUUUUAUUUGGAGGAAUGUCCCAGAAACUGUAUAAAAUCGCUGUUUUGAAAACAGAUAUUCAUAAACACGCGAAAUCAAUGCCAAAUGUGUGUGGCACAUUUUUCAUCGCCAGCAGAGUUUCUUAAUUAAUGAAUGGUAAAAGGCAUGAAAUUCCUAUCACACCUCCUGAACGCAAGCUGCAGUGAUGUUAUUACAGCCCCUCUAUUUUUCUCGCUUCCUCCAACAACCCCUGCCCCCUAAGCAGUAUUGACAUUCAUCCAAGGUGGCUGCCUGCAAUGCAAAACGCUCCAUCUUGACCAUCUUAUGGGAAAAUAGGGGACCGUGAACAGUCUAAGGGGUAAGAGGUAGAAGGUGAGAUUUUGUAAUAAAAGUAUAAAAAAUAGGAAUAUAAAAGAUACGUUACUAAUUCUCAACAGCAAUAAGUCAAAACAAACAAAAAAAAUUAAAAAUUAAUCUAAUCUAGAUUUGGCCUUAGUUUUAAGUAAGUUCUGAUCUUCUUGAUUGUUGAUAGAGCUGCGAAAAGCACAAUGACACGGUGCUAGUCACGUGACCAGUCCAUUUGAAUCCACACACCAAGGAACUUGUGUGAGGUGACUCUAUUUAACACUUUUCCAUUUGCGCUUAUCUGGGGCAAUUGUACUUGUAAUUUUUGCACUCACUCUUGACAUCAUUUGCUUCAAAAUCUUUUUUGCAUUAAGCAAGUGAGUUGAAAUAAUAAAAUUAUUGCUCAACCAGUCUUCAAGGAUUCGCAUGGUGUUAUUCAAUUCUCCAACGUUAGCUUCCAGACCUGAAGGGGCGCAGUGCUUUAUGAGGGUCGUGUCGUCUGCAUAUUAAAAAAGCCAUGCAGUCAUGGUUAUUGUUGAGAUCAGUUUGCAAACAAAUUAAAUAAGGCUGGCCCCAAGAUCAAACCCUGUGGUACCCUUAAUUUCACGUUAAUCAGCUCGAAUGUUUUAUCAAGACACUUGUGCAAAGUGUUGUCUUUCAUGCACGUAACUUAAAAUCCAGUGUAAAAGAGCUUUGGGAAGCCUAUUUUGUUCCUUUUUUCAAGAAUCCUGGUGUGAUCAACCGUGUUGAACGUUUUUGAGUAAUCUGCAAAUAUACCCAUAGUGACUUUGCCUUGCACCUGGGGUGACUGGUGGUGAAACCUUUGAAAAUCUUUUACAUAUUGCUCUAACAAGAAUAAUUCACACAUUCUGCAAUUUUAUUGUGCAAUACGUGGGUUAUUUGCUAGUUUCUAUAGCUUCUUCAUAGCAGGAAAAAAACAGCUUGGUACAGUUUGAAUGCAGCAGAGAAGCACCUCGUGCAACAGACAAAAAAAUUAUAUUGUAUUUAGCUAUGGGUAUUCCUGUCCAAUCUGUUCUCCAUUUUAUAUUAAGGUAUGUCUGUUAGAAAACUGAUGUCACUUUUUGCAGUAAAAGCAAUAUUAUUUUCCUUUUUAACUGCUGUUAUCAUAGGUAUCUGUUUUUAAAGGGAACCUCCACUCUUACUACAGAAUAAGUUUAAAUCGAAUAAAAUUAUGUUGAUAAACAAAUUUGUUCGAAAUUUGUCUUAAAAAAAGUGUUUAUAUCAGGAAAAGUGAAUUUUAAAAUCGCUUAUUUUCACUUUCAACUUUCGCGGGCGCCGCCAUCUUGAAUAAUUGUGACGUGUUACGGUUGCUCUAUUGUUCUGACACAAAGAGCUUUUGUUUAAUAACAAUAGGGCAACCAUUACACGUCACAAUUAUUCAAGAUGGCGACGCCCGCAAAAUAUGAAAACAAAAAUAGGCGAAUCUAAAAGUUAUUUCUUUCGGAUACAAACGCUUUCUUUAAAAAUAUUUUAGAUUGACUUGACUGUAACAGUUAUUUCCUGUGAUUUAAAGUUAUCUUUUUGUUGAAGUGCAGGUUCCCUUUAAAACUCUGUGCAGUUGUGACUUACAUAAUCUUAGAGCAGAAUGCUUAGCCAUAUAUAAAGUGCAUAGGAUUAAGGUUUUAACUUACACAAUUUUUUCGUGGAUAUUCAGGGUUAAUAUUAGCCUUAUAGAACUAUGGAAUAAUAAAACUAUGGAGUGGGUGGUUAUCAGAGAUAAUGCAAACCUUUAAAUCAAUUGGACACAAAAGGCUUGAAAGUUAAGUUAACUUUGUCAUUUUUUUUCACCAGGUAACUCUCAAACUAAGUUGUUAGUUUUGUGUAUUUUGAUAUCUACCAUUAUCUAAAGCUGUUUUACUACCUAAAUUUGUUUUCAGCUCUGUGAAGGCUGCGUCCAGUUAGAGAAAUUGACCAUGGACCAGUGUCGCUCACUGACCAGUAACAGUUUGCUUUCAGUGGCUCAGAACUGUCCAAACCUCACAUUCAUCUCAGUUGAGUAUAAUGAUAAAAUUGGAGAUGAUGGAGUCCAUGAACUUGUGCACAGGUGUCCCUUGCUUGAAAGACUUCAUCUCAACUCAAGCGGGAUUACUUCACAGACAGCACUGUUUGUUGCCCAGUGUUGUAGAAAUAUCAUACUUCUGGAUCUUCGCUACUGCUCUAGUCUCACAGAUGAUGAAGUUAAAGAAGUAGUCAAUGGAUGCCCAUAUCUCCAGAUUUUGAACUUAAGUCUCUGUUCUCAUGUGACUGACAAGGCAUUGGACUAUAUAAUUACACGUUGUGCCUCUCUGCGCAGUUUAUAUUUGGUACACUGCAAAAUAACUGACACUGGUGAGGUUAUGUGCCACUUUAGUCAUCUAGGUCUAGCCACUGCUUUAAAACUGCCGACUUGUUGACAAAGGUGACAUUAAACUUGUAAUGUUUUACCUUGUUUGGGGGGAGGGGUUGCAUAGAAGGCGGUAAGUCAUAGAUCAUUGCCUUCAUAGCUAGUGGUUCUGUUGGAGUGUGUUGAAGAAAACUUUGUUCAUGUUGAAGAAAUAGUGAACCAGUUAAGUGGCAGGCUUCUCAUUUAACUACCUUAGACACGAAUAACAGGGGUUUCAAUAAGGGCCGAGCACGGGGCAAAUUGGCCUGCUGUGAAUGUGACUUUGCCCAGCUGCUUAACUUCUCAACAAGAACUUUUUUUUAAUACAAGGAACGAUCAAAAAUAGUUUAAAAUAAACUAUACAAUCGUGCCCUUUUCUUGAUGAAGUCUUCUCGAAUGUAAAAUGUACUAUACCGUCGAAUUUCCACUUUAUCACAAGUGGCAUGAAAUGCCCUCGUUUGCUACAUGCUAAAAACAAGAAUCGCCCCAUAAUGCGUUUUGAAAAGAACUGUACUCCGUAAAAGACCAUCUGAAAUGACUCAAUAAGAUUGUGAAAUAAUUUGUGUGGUGGAUAUUGGUAUCAAAUCAUGACUAAAUUGUCUACAAAAGUUAUCUUUAUUUGGUGGUUAAAACACAUUUUCUGCAACUUCAGAAUGCAGGAAAACACAUCUCUGCAACUGUAGAAUUUCAAAAUUUUCCUGGGGAGCAUACCUCUGGAUCCCCCUAGGGGGGCAAGGCCCAAAGGACCUUUCCAAUUCUUUGCCAAGGUGUCAAACCCAGUUGCCCUCCUGUUCAAAACCUUAAUGAAACCCCUGAAUAAACUCUCUUUCAGCACACUCCAAACAACCUGCCUGCUACAUAGGCUCUAAUAUGAGUGCUAACUCAGGAAGGAGUGAUAUGCAUCAUCUGUUUUGAAAGUAGUGGGUAGCUUGGGUUUAGACUGGCUUUGAGAUUCUUCUUAAUUGCACAGUACUGUUAUGACAUAGCAAGCAAAGAAUGAGGAGGUCUGAUGGAUAAAUAUGUAUUUCACUAAGUAAACGUUCCUUAAAAAAUAACCUGCUGCCUCGAUCUUUUUGAUAAUAAUAAAUUGCCAUCUAACUAAACUUCAGAACCGAUUCUUUCCUCAGGGCUGGAGGCUUUUAAGCGCUGUGUCUGUAAGUUAGAGAGACUAGAUAUAAGUUGGUGUCAAAAGGUUACAGACCAAGGAGUUCAUGCAGUUCUUGAGGGAUGCCGUCACCUCAAGCAUUUAGGUCAGUACCCUUUAGUAGAACCUUGUGGAGCAUUUUGUGAAUAUGGCUGUUCCUUUAAAGUUAUGAAUUCAUUACCCAUAAUAAUGACAGCUAAUUAAAUCCAGAGGGCAGAGUACAGAACCCUUCUUUAAGGGUGCUUACAUCUUUUUUGAGUGUGUUCUUGUUCAAGCGAAGCGCUAACCACAUGUUGUAUACUAGAGCUAGAGUAUAAUCAGCUCGGGGAUCAGUCACACAGGAAAGAAGAAACACACAACUUGAGUAAGGAUCGCUGAUUUUCAUUUAAAUCCUUUCACUUUCGUUGGUUAUAUUACAGAAACAAUGGUUUUUUCCCCAUACAUAACCUUAUAUUUUGAAGAUUAUGCAAUAAUACCGAUGGUCAUAUUUCGAACUUGGGCCACCUGUGCAUUUACCAGUAAAGACCAGAAAAAAUGAAGCCUUUUCUUUCGUUUCAGGGUUGGUAAGAUGUGAUCUUGUCCGAGAGGAGACAGUCAUGCGGCUGAAUCAACAAUUUCCGCAGGUUUUCUUGAGUACAGUGUUAACAGAAAUGAACCGUGUGUGCAAUAGAGCUGAGCUGGCGUCUCUGCCGGGGACAUAGUUAAUAACGGGGGGUGACAGCUCUAACAAGGGCUGUUUCGGGAGAAAAACAAAUUUAUUCCGGGAAUCUGGAGAUUUUGCCGGGAAUCGGGAAACCUGGAAAAUUUUUCGGGAAAUAUGAGGUAUUUUCGGGACAUUGAACAAAGAUUUGAUAUUACAUGUUAUCAAACAAUAUGUAUACAGUGACAUGCACCCUGUGCCGAUACGCUGUAUUCUAUGUAUUUUGACACUUGAAAACGGCUUAACUCCCCAUGAUAUGAAAAGACCAAUCAGAAACGUUUCCAACUAAAAUAGCAUGAAGUUCGAGUGCGAUUGACCACGUGCAAUCCCCAGCGGAUUGACACAAGAACCGUACCGGUGCAAGGCAGGUACUAUCAAUUCACACCAGAUCCCAUCAUACAUUAGUUCAGGGGUAUUUUUAAGCUGCAUGUUAAUGAUGAGUUUUAAGAGCACAUUCCACUGAUUGCAUACUGGAAAACUUGAAAAAUUACGUUAGAAGUACGUAAGAAAAAAACGAAACUCAUUUAACUUUGUUAAACGGACAUGAGGCCAUAAAAAGUAGUAUGUCUGUGAAGACUCUUUAAUCAUCCUGAUCUCGCUGGGGACCUUCCGAUUUUGCUCGAAAAUCCCGAAUCCCGAUCGAUAUGCGUUCGGGAUAGGAAAAUUCCAGAUUUCGACAGUUGUUCUGAAAUUUUCAAAUGAAUUCUUAUGAUAUUCAUACAUCAUACAAUGACACCACACAGAGUAUACUUAGCUGAAAGUGAUUUCCAGAGCAAUUUCAAAAACCGCACAACUUGUAUAAAAUAUAUCGACUACUUCUACGCGAGGUCACGCCAAUAAAAAUAAGCAUAAAAAGGACAAUUGAUUU